AAUGGGAGGGCAGAGCAGCUCAAACGCCGCACACUUCCUGCUUUCGCUCAGAGUCGGUCAGGCAGCGGGAGAUCAGAGGAGGUAUGGCGGAGAAGAGCCCUGACCCGAGCGCUUCGAGCGCCCGGAGGUGUCCCGCUGUUUCUCCAGGAGAGUCGUUGGCAAGCAGCUCCUCAAAAUGGGUUCGGUUGAACGUCGGUGGCACGUACUUUCUCACGACGAGACAAACGCUUUGUAGAGACCCGAAAUCUUUCCUGUACCGACUGUGCCAGGCCGACCCGGACCUCGACUCUGACAAGGAUGAAACGGGCGCUUAUUUGAUAGACCGAGAUCCUACUUAUUUUGGUCCGGUGCUCAACUAUCUAAGACAUGGAAAGCUGGUGCUGAACCGAGGCCUAGCAGAGGAAGGUGUGCUGGAAGAAGCUGAAUUCUACAAUAUAACAUCAUUGAUUAAACUUGUGAAAGACAAGAUCAGGGAGAGGGAUUGUAAGACAGCUCUGCUUCCUGUAAAGCAUGUAUAUAGAGUACUGCAGUGUCAAGAGGAGGAGCUGACACAGAUGGUCUCCACCAUGUCUGAUGGCUGGAAGUUUGAACAGUUGGUGAGUAUCGGUUCUUCGUACAACUACGGAAACGAGGACCAAGCCGAGUUCCUCUGCGUGGUCUCCAAGGAGCUGCACAAUCAGUCGUACGGCACAAACAGCGAGCCCAGUGAAAAGGCCAAGAUUCUUCAAGAACAAGGCUCUCGAAUGUGAAAUGACCGCAUUUUAUGUUCCCCGGUCCUGCAGUUGCUGGGCAAAACCAAAUGCACCAUAUCACACAGAGAGAGAAAAUUGUCAAGCAAGGAGACAAGCUGUUCGGAGCGGACGCUCUUUAUCGUUUUAGGUUAAUUGACACUUGUUUGUGCCUGCACAGUAAUGCCGGACUGUGGUUUCUUGACGUUGGUGGAUAUAUCUGAGUCUUUGCUUGAACGGUAGGAAUAUGCAUGUCAUUAGUAAUCUGAGCAAAAAGGGCCUCAAUCACGCCUGGUCCAAUCGUGUUUACUCAGGGUCUCUUAUCAAAACAAAUAAGUUAAUCAUAUCAUAUACGUGGAUCAGUGAGAAAUUUUGUCAAAACAUAUUUAAAACUGUAUAUUAUGCCAUACAGAAAGUUGAACCUCACAGUCGAAUGAUCAUAAUUAAGAAAGCGGAGCUCAAGUAUUUUUUGGGAUUGAGAUUACAUUAUUACGGUGGCUUAUGUGAAAUGUUGACUGGUGAGGGAUAGUGUAUUUUUAUACCAAGGAUUUUGUUUGUAGGAACAAAGGUGUUUCUUUCGUUUUGACUUGCAUAGUGUUAGUUUUUCUACCAGGAGGGUGAAGGAACAUCCGUAAGAGUUCGCCUCAAAGUUACCUUACGUUUCGUGAGGUUAUACUGUUGCUGCCUUGAGUCAACAAGAGAACAGAAAAUAUUUGUCUUCCAUCCCUGGAUUCAUUCCGAAUUGGUUAAACUGGAUUUUUUUUAUCUUAGAAGGGUAACAAAACGCCUGAAACUUUUUUUUAAGGCAAAGCUAUAAAGGCAUUUAAUUUAUUUUUGCAGUACUGUUUAGUACAACACUUUACUUGCAUGACACUGACUGUUAAUUAGUUAUGUUGCAAGAUUUAUUUUUACGUUGGAAAACGAUGGACUAAGAAUGGAUAUUUCUAAAAGAAAGCAUUUAUCGACUAACUAACAUCUAUAUAGUUCAACACUGUUAAUAUAUCCGAUAGUUUAUUUCAAAAACAUUUCGACAAUGCUGCCUUUAACGAUCCUACACAACAUUGGAGUUGUGGUCAGGGAAAUAACACAUCACUUGGCUAGGCUACAAGCAUAUCUAUUUGACGAUGUAUAUAGAUUAAGGAGCGUAAUAUCCGUGCAUGUUAUUUUUCCGAAUCCUCUUUCACUCACGCACACAAAGGGCUUUUAAUAGUGGAAUACAAGCUAUACUUUUUGCAGGGAUCCAACCGAUCUCCUAAUAUUGCCUGAUCGAGGCGAAGUUUACAUGGCUAGUGUUUUAUAAACGAUACUACUACACGUUUACUUACCUUGACUAUGUGACACCACGCUCUAGUUUGGUUUCAAGACCUGUAUGUUGUUUACAUAUCCUCUCGAUUACUUAGUUUCGUUACUGUCAACCUUGUGUCUUAGCAACUAGAGAGGAAGUUUAAUUCUUUAAAGGUGUUGCGUUGCUUGCUCACUGAAUCAGUGUCUUGUGGUGAACACGUGCCUCUAUUAUAGCCUUUGAGGCUCCACAGUGCAUGCUGACGUCCAGACCACCCUGCAGAAUCGAGUGAUAGUCGUCACUGUGUAGGGUGCUGCGCUGCUCUCGCUAUAUGUUUUUUUACAUCUUGCGUCCCAGGUCGAAGCAGAGGCAGCAGGAUGUGCACUAUGACGCAUCUAUCACACUUUUUUAGUCACAGUCUACGUUUCAGUUGCCAGUUUACAUAAGCCAGUUUUCCUUCUGAGGCAGGCGUAUAUAUCCACGAUGAUGCCCUGCCUCGGUUAUUUAACUUUCUCUGUGUAAAGCGUGCAAUUUGCAAAAUGUAUUUUGAGAACGGGCAGAAGCAGACUGAAAUGUCUUUUGCCUCACCUCGUCACUGCUGUUCCUAUACUUAUUAUCCUAUAACAUGUUUUUGUAUUUUUUUUAAGCUUACAAUUUGUGUAUUCACAUAGUAUAUUAUAUAUGUACUUGCAAGUUACGACUGGAGAAAAUGUAUAUGAUGGUAAUGCUAGGACCCGGUCAAUCUAAAUAAUAAACACUUUUGAAUUCUGAAA